ACGACUGCGGGGUUUUCACAACCGAUUGCACGGAAAACGGCAGCCAUUACAGAAUUGGCUGAAGACAGGAAGCAAUUGUUGUUCAUUGAAAGCGAAAAUUUCUUUGUUGUCGUGUUUAAAUUUGUUUACGGCUUCUAUAAUCAGCAUUCUCCUUAUGAGAUACGCCGUAUUUGCAUAGUAAGUUCGGUGAGUCAAAUAUUCUGGUGUGCUUCUCAAAAUAUUUCGAUCAACAUUUCCAAGUUGUGAAAAUGGCGAAUGGGUAAUGCACAAUGAUCUUAGGCAACUGAGUGUGUGUUAGGUGUCAAGAUCAGGUAUCAGCAUCAUCAGUGGACUUUAGUACAAUGACAUGGUGCAGUUGACUCCUUUUCCACUUCUUCAUUUUAUUAUUCUUCGCUGAUGGACUGUUUGCUGCUUGGUCGUCUUUAUUCUCAUCAACUUCUUAUCUUUCAUCGUACAUUUUAACUGAGGGUGAAGAAGGAAGAGAUUUCUCAAGUAUCUAAAGUGAAGAUCAAUCCUCGAAAAACAAUCGAAAAUGAGCGUCAUAAUCAGACUACAGAAUUUGGCGUGGUCCGCCAACGCUUUGGACAUUCGCCAAUUUUUCAGAGGCUUGAGCAUACCGGAAGGAGGCGUGCACAUUGUUGGCGGCGAGUUGGGAGACGCUUUUAUAGCUUUCAGCACGGACGAGGAUGCCCGUCAGGCGAUGAUGCACGACGGCGGCAAGAUCAAAGAGAUGAAGAUAAAGUUGUUGCUGAGCUCGCGCACCGAGAUGCAGAAGGUGAUCGAGGCGGCCCGCCAGCAGACCCUCAGCCUUCAAUCGUUCAUGCAAACGGCGCCUGUCGCUGUCGCGCCGGUCGUCCAGAAGCCUGGGUCGCCCGGCGACCGAAGAGAAAAAGAAAAGGACAACGACAGCGAGUCGAGCAAGGAUCGCAAGGACAGGCGGGACAGGUCUCGGUCGAGGGACAGGUCCCGCUCGCGGGACCGCGACAGGGACAGGGAUCGGCGGGACAGGGACAGGGGGCGGGAUCGCAGGCGCCGCGAUAGGAGCAGGUCGCGGGACAGGGAGAGGGACAGGAGGGACAGGCGUCGCCGCCGCGACCGAUCCAGAUCCCGAGAUCGCACCCGUUCGAGGGAUCGGGACACGAAGCGCAACUCGACGGGCGAGCGUCGAAAGGACGCGAACGAGGACGACAACAACGACGUGGUGUGCGUGGGCCAGUUUCACAAGGACAAGCCCGUGGCGGGUGGGAAGAAGCCGUUGGAGAACGGGAUCUGGGAGGUGCCGCCUCAGACGCAGAUGCAGGCAGCCAUGCUGGCGCCGGGAAUAUUGGGCGCGGGCGUUGCGGCUCUGUCGCAGGACGGCGAGCCGCGGUCCAUGGUCAUGGGACAUCCUUCGUUGCUCCAGCAAGGCCAGUUCCCCAUAAACGGGAUAAACGGGGUUGGAAGUUUGAUGCAGUCGCACAUGCAGACCCUGGGCCACACGGUGGGUAUGGGCCCGUUGUCCCAGAACGUGGGCGGCUCGAAUUUGCCCAAUUUGAGCGGAGGAGGGGUGGGCUCGUUGAAUCGGGGCAAGGAGCCGUGGAACCAGAGCGAGCAGAGCAGGCUGGAUCAAGUGAGAUUCCCGGCCAGGUCGGCCCAGUUCGGGGCGGAUAUGUACGGGUCGAACGGUUCCGUGAAUUACAGGCCCGGGAUCAGACCGAACAAUCCGUUCCUGAGCAAGGUGCAGGAGUUGGAGGGUCGGCGCAAUCCGCACGCCUUCCAGACCAACAGUUCCCAGUUCAAUUUCGACAAUGAGAGGAGUCGUGGCUCGACCAACCGAUUCUCGAACGAGAAUAAGGGCAACAGCGGUGGGGGGCACUGCGUCGAGGUACGUAACAUGCCUUUAAGCGCCACUUACAACGACGUCCGUCACGCGUUUCAAGGUAUUUACAUAAGGAAGGACGGGCUCAAGUUGAUCAACGAUAACCACGGGAAUCGAGUCGGUAUCGCUUACGUCAAGUUCAGCAAGGCGGAGGGCAAGGAGCUGGCGUUGGGCACGACCAGAUUCGUGAGAGGAUCGGAGGUGGAGGUUUUGCAUCUCGACGAAAGUAUCUUCGACAAAGCCGUGGACUCGUACUCCCCUGAGAAGGAGAGGGACAGGGGCGAGGAUGGGAUGGACGACGUCAGAUCCUCUGCCUGCAUCUUGCUCACCGACCUCCCCACCUUCACCAAAGAGAUGGACAUAGCCAAAUUGUUCCACGACUGGAAGAUCAACGACCUGUUCAUCACCAGCACCAAGGAGUCCGGUAGCGUCCAGUGCAUGGCGUACGUGCAAUUCGCGAGAAUAGAGGACGCGAAAGCGUCGGUGAACACGUCCCUGAAGAUCGGCAAUAAACCGGUCACAGCGACCGCUAUCACGGAGGAGAAAUUCGCCCAGGCGAAACGCGACCACGAGCAGAACAGUAUGAAUCAAACGGCCAGCUCGGAUUGCGUUAUAAUGAGAGGUCUCCCGUUCCAGACCAUCGACCGUGACAUCCUGGACUUCUUCUCCGACAUCGGGAUCGUGCCCCAUCGGAUACACAUGCUGCACCAGAACGGGAAACCCGCGGGCGAGUGUUUCUGCGAAUUCGACACGGCGGACGAGGCUCUCAGAGCUACCGCCAAAAACGGUUUACCCUUUGGGAAGAACGUCCCCACCAUAGAGCUGGUCCCACGGGCCAAAAUGUUGGAAACGUUGGGGAUGGUCGAUCCCCAGAUCAUGGAGACCCAACAGCAACACUUCCCGCCUCUUCAGGAGCAAAGGCCACGAUUCUCCGGACCCAUGAAUCAUUUGCCACGCUUUGGUAACUCUGGUUUCGGACCUAGAUGUCCCCCUGGAUUAAUGGGCAUACCCAGACACAUGUUGGGCAGACAUCCAGGUUCCAUGGAUUACGUGGUAGAAGGUUUUGGUAAGCCUGGUUGCGUGCUGUCCUUGGAAAACGUCCCUUUCAAAGCCGACAUUAACGAGAUCAUCGAGUUCUUCGGCGACUUCGACGUUAAAAGGGAGAACGUGAUACGUCGGUACAACGAAAGAGGAAUGCCCACAGGCGAUGCCAGGGUGGCCUUCGCGUCCCCCAGCGAGGCGCAGAGGGCAUUGAGGGAGUUGAAGCACUGCAAGAUGAGGGACCGCACGAUAUACAUGAAACUUGCGUGAAUACUUCCGUCUUGAGCGUCGCCAAUGUCAAUUGCACAAUUUCUAAAGGAGUUUUUUUUUUUUUUUUUGAGUAAAAGAAACUCGGAGAAGAACGAAGUCUUGGUCUUUGAAAGAAUGAAAAAGAAAAAGAUGAUAGAUGUAAAGGAUGAAUCAAAGAACGAAUCGAUGAUAUAUUUGUCGAUUGUUUGAUACAUAUGGGAACAAUAUAAAUAUACGAUGAAUGAAUUAAAGCAAAAUGAGAGGAAAAGUUGCGUACAGCAUUAUAGGGAAAGAGAUGUUUUCAUUUUAUAAAUGGUGUAUUAUAAUCUUUUUAAAGAUAGUUUAAUUUUUUUUGUUAACUUUUUCAUUCAUCUGCGAUCUUCUUCUAUCCUAAUAUUCUUAUAUUUUUGUACAUAGAAGACUGAUAGUGUCUCCUGAUAUGUAUUGUUCUUCGAGAUCAUUAUAUAUUGAUUUAUAGUUACGUUAAGUAAGGUUUAAGUAAUUUACGAAUAAUAAUAGCGACAAAUAAUUCGAAGCGAAAGUUUGAAAUUUUUCAAAUAUUUCAAUAACGAUUAAUGACAAGUAAAGACAAAUUUCUUUUCUCUUGAGAUAAGAUGAAGAUAUUAUAUAAUUCUUUUUCUCGUUAUUACAAUUUAAUUUGUAAUUUCUAUCGAACGUCUAGUUUUUCUUUUUUUUCAUUUUGUAUUGUAAAGUUUGGGUCAAAAAUCAUCUUAUAUAUUAUCAUUAAGGAAAUUACAACUUUUUAUUGUUGUAAUUCUCAUAUCCGCUUUAGAGUUAAGCUUUGUAAAUAUGUAAGCCAUCGUUCACUUUAAAAAUCAUCAUCACGUUAUGUUCUAAAUAUUUUUCUUUGGCACGUAACGUUAACGCCUAGUAUACAUGCUUUCGUUUAUAUGAUUAUUAUAGAUUAUUCUAAACAAAACGCAAUAAAAAGUACAAUAAAAGACUUAUUCGACGAAAGAUACUAUUGAGCAAUUCUUAUCUUUUAAAUUGAUUACAAAUAAAUAAUAAUAAUAAUAAUAAUAAUAAUAAUUCAUGCUCACAGUUGUCGUAAUUUUCGAAAGGGGAAAGGCUUUCCAUACAUGUAUAGAAAAAAAAUACACGAUGUUCAUUGUUGUUGCGAAUUUCAAUGAUACGUAAGUGUAAUGAUACGUAAAUGCAAAAAAAAAAAAAAAAAAAAAAA